UCUAUACUUAGGAAUGACAAUUAUUAUUAUUUGUUUCUACUAAAAAAGUAAAACCCUAUUGACCUUAUUUUAUUGAAACACAAGCAUAUAGUGCCAAUAAAAAGAUAAUGGACGAAGAUAUUCAAAACACAAAUUCUUUGGUUGAGGAGGAUGAAGAUCCGAUCGAUCCAAUUCAUGAUAUCAUUGAUUACUUGGUCAGGUGCGCAAAUAUUUCAUUUAAAAAUUCACAUGUAGAUGAAACCGAGAUCAAGACAUCUGAAAAGAUCAAAACUGCCUACAAUAUAUUCAUUGAAUCUCCCACAGAAUUCUUGACUCAAUUUGGCAAAUAUUUAUCUCCAAACCAUUUACCAUAUUUUGAGAACAUGCUUAAUGAAAAAAGUUUUAACAAUACAGCUUUUGAUAAUUGCAUUAAACAUUUACGUAUAUACCAUUCUGAGAGAAGUACACAUAAAAGAAUAAAGAACCGUCGAUUCCGAGCCUUACAAAAAAUGCAAGAGGAAACUGAUUAUUUUAGUGAAAAACAAAUGAUGUUUCGUAAUCCUCUUUUAUAUGAACAACUUGUUGGUCAGUAUUUAGAUGAUGAGGAAGUUGUACAACGGGAUUCUGGAGACAAUAAGGAUUUGACAUUUUUGAAUAUAAUCCUACGUACUGUAGAAAUGAAUGAAAUGAAUGAGACAAAACAUCAGCAAAUGUUGGAAGAAGACCAGGAAUCUUUGGAGGAGAAAGAAACAGUUAAAAAAUAUGAGAAACCUAAAAAGAAGAUGUGGGGCGAUUUUGAUGAACCUGAUACUCAACCAACUCCUAAAUUCAAAGUUCCAAGAGCAGAUGCCCCAAUAACUAGCAAUGAGAGAGCAUUGCUGAAAGAAGAAUUUUAUCAAGAAAUGUACAGCAGUUUUCUUGAAGGGAGAGAUGAAGAUAUUGAUUACAAUUCAAUAGAUAACAAUGAACAGUAUGAUGAUUUGGAACAAAUUUCUCAGGAUGCCGAAGAUCAAUAUUUUGAUUCAGAACAAAAUGAUGUAAAUAAUCUGGAGGAACAUAUGAAACUUGUUGAAGAGUAUGGUAGAAAAAUGUCACUGGACCAUUCAAAUGAUCCGUUAGAUGUAUUUAUGAAACAUAUUGAAAAUAAAAUUAAACUGUAGUUUGAAUCUUUUACA